CGCCUCCACGUUGUAAACAAAACGGCAGCCGUCCUCGCGUGCACACUUAUAUCCUAUAUUAUAAUUUUUUGCAAUACAAACUUUUUUGUGGACUUGUUCCCGUCCUUAUCACCGCGGGACAAUCUGAUUGUGCAAUCUGCAGGCUGUGCAGCCCAUUGACAUGGAGGACAUCCAGGGUGCUGAAUCCAAACAUCUGCUGGUCGACAAGGAACUGCCUGGCCUGAGAGAGGCGGUGCUGCAGCUGGUUAUCAAGGAGCACGAUGUGGAGACGCCUUAUGGAAGACUCCACUGUACGAUGAAGGGGGUGCCCAAGGGGGAGCGGCCCGUCAUUCUCACCUUCCACGACAUCGGACUGAACCACAAAACGUGCUGGGACUUGCUCUUCAACCACGAGGACAUGGCCGAGAUCCUGCAUCACUUUGCCGUGUGUCACGUGGACGCCCUCGGGCAGCACGAGGGCGCUAACACCUUUUCCACUGGAUACGAGUACCCGUCCAUGGACGAGCUCUCCGAGACGCUCGCGCUGGUCCUCAAGCAUUUUGGGCUGAAGAGCGUUAUUGGAUUAGGAAUGGGAGCCGGAGCCUUCAUGCUGACCAAAUUUGCUCUCGAUUUCCCCCAAAUGGUGGAAGGUCUGGUGCUCAUCAACAUCAACCCGUGUGCCGAGGGCUGGAUGGACUGGGCUGCACACAAGAUCAGCGGCUGGACCCACGCCCUGCCCGACCUGGUCAUCAGCCACCUCUUUGGAAAGGAAGAGAUCAACCACAACCAGGACAUGGUCGCCACGUUCCGCCACCACGUCAUGAAGGACAUGAACCACUUCAACCUGCAGCUCUUCAUCAAGUCGUAUGAGAGUCGGAGGGACCUGGAAAUCGAGCGGCCCAUGCCAGGAUGCAACAACAGAACCCUCAAGUGCCCUUGCCUGCUGGUGGUUGGCGACAACUCUCCCGCCGUGGACGCCGUGGUGGAGUGCAACACCAAACUGGACCCCACAAAAGCCACUCUGCUCAAGAUGGCCGACUGUGGUGGCAUGCCCCAGAUUGACCAGCCAGCCAAGCUGACGGAGGCAUUCAAGUACUUCAUUCAGGGCAUGGGAUACAUGCCCUCCGCCAGUAUGACCCGCCUGGUGCGCUCCCGCACGGCCUCGGGCUCCAGCGUGACGUCCUUCGACGGCCCCCGCUCGCGCUCCCACACCACCGAGGGCAACCGCUCGCGCUCGCACACCAACGAGGGCAACCGCUCGCGCUCGCACACGGCCGAGCACCAGCGAGGGCGCUCCCACACGGCCGGCUCCACGGACGGCGCCGUAGACCAGGCCGUCCCCAAGGCCCCCGAGGUGUCCUGCUAAGGCGGAUGCCCCCAAACCCCAACCCGCCAUUUUUUCCCCCUGGUAUGUGCUUCUGACACACAUCCGAUGUUUUUUUUUUUAUUUUUGACUUUUUAAACUUGGAUGAAGAGGGUUAAAGUACUCCAGUACCUUCAUGGGCUUGUGAUGGUGUAGUUAGUGGCAACGCAGCAUCGCUAGGGGGCGACAGAGAGCGCGUCCCCUUCCUUCCUUUCGAUCCUUUUUUACCAAACAGACGGCUUUGUCUCAUUUAUCCCACUUUCAAGUGUUUUCUCUCGCUGUCAACAUUUGUUUCUUUGACUUUCUGCCAUAGAUGCUGUCUAACAUGACAAGUAAGGGACAUUUUUAUUUGUGUGAGCAUCCGAUGAUCGUUUAAUGGAAGCUGCGGUUACUGGUGAACAUUUUCAUGAUUUUAUUUGUUCUUUUCCAACAUUUCAAUGACGCUUUGUGACCAAUCGAGAAAAAACAACAACCCUGCUCUCUAAACUUCAAAGCUUUAUUAACGCCUACACACAAAACGAGUAAAUUCUUUUUAUAUGAUUUUUUUUUCUAUGCAAUCAAGCACAACGGAACAAAGCGGUGCCACGGUUGUUCAGUUUGUGUGGCGACGUAAAAAGUCCUCAUUUUAUUACAAUAUUAUUAACACGAGGGCGGCCGUAGAACUUUCUAGCUGACACGCUCUCCUCUCUCCUUGUCCGACUUGCACUACGGCCAUGUUUGCUUUCGUAGGACCGACGACGCGGCUUUGUAAAGAUGCUGGCAUUCAAAUGACAUAACGGUUUGUAUUUAUUAAGGAAAAAAAACAACAUAAAAAAAUAACUUGUAACUCA